AGGAUCGGGAGCAGCGUCCGAAGGGGCUGGAAGGCUUAGCCGAGGAGGGCGGGGAGACGUUACGUUGACGCUGGCGUGACCCAGCCCGAGAAUUUGGCGGGAUCUCCGAAAGUUGCAGUGCUCCGGGCGCGCCGUGGCCUGAAACCGAGGUCUGAGGAGAGCGGAGACGCACCCGGAGGGACGCAGUUGGGAGCUGAGUUUCGCCUGGGUUGUGUGCAGAAGGCCGGAACAAGGGAGUAGAGAAGUGGGCAGGAAGCGAAGGGGUCUGGAGUCCGUCCCGGCCGGGCGCGGACCGAGCCAGCGGACAGAAGUCGGGGCGCGCAGCCAGUGGGAGCGAGGAGCGCUGCGUACCAGGGUGAGGGUGUUAGGCGCGGACUCGGUUCCUUUUUGCCUCAGGUAUUGAAUGCUGAGUAAUGGCUAUGCAAAUGCAGCUUGAAGCAAAUGCAGAUACUUCAGUGGAAGAAGAGAGCUUUGGUCCACAACCUAUAUCUCGAUUAGAGCAAUGUGGCAUAAAUGCCAAUGAUGUGAAGAAAUUGGAAGAAGCUGGGUUCCAUACUGUGGAGGCUGUUGCCUAUGCACCAAAAAAGGAACUAAUAAAUAUUAAGGGAAUUAGUGAAGCCAAAGCUGAUAAAAUUCUGACUGAGGCAGCCAAGUUAGUUCCAAUGGGUUUCACUACUGCAACUGAGUUCCACCAAAGGCGAUCAGAGAUCAUACAGAUCACUACCGGCUCCAAAGAACUUGACAAACUACUUCAAGGAGGAAUUGAGACUGGAUCAAUUACAGAGAUGUUUGGAGAAUUCCGAACUGGGAAGACUCAGAUCUGUCAUACAUUGGCUGUAACAUGCCAGCUUCCCAUUGACCGAGGUGGAGGAGAAGGAAAGGCCAUGUACAUUGACACUGAAGGUACUUUUAGGCCAGAAAGGCUGCUAGCAGUGGCUGAGAGAUAUGGUCUCUCCGGCAGUGAUGUCCUGGAUAAUGUAGCAUAUGCUCGAGGGUUCAACACAGACCACCAGACCCAGCUCCUUUAUCAAGCAUCAGCCAUGAUGGUAGAAUCUAGGUAUGCACUGUUAAUUGUAGACAGUGCCACUGCCCUCUACAGAACCGACUAUUCGGGUCGAGGGGAACUUUCAGCCAGGCAGAUGCACCUGGCCAGGUUUCUGCGGAUGCUUCUGCGACUUGCUGAUGAGUUUGGUGUAGCAGUGGUGAUCACCAACCAGGUGGUAGCCCAAGUGGAUGGAGCAGCCAUGUUUGCUGCAGAUCCUAAAAAACCUAUUGGAGGAAAUAUCAUUGCUCAUGCCUCAACAACCAGACUGUAUCUGAGGAAAGGAAGAGGGGAAACCAGAAUCUGCAAAAUCUACGAUUCUCCCUGUCUUCCUGAAGCUGAAGCUAUGUUUGCCAUCAAUGCAGAUGGAGUGGGAGAUGCCAAAGACUGAUUCAUUGGGGCUUUUCCUGUGAUAAAGCUUAAGUGCUACAGCCUAAUGGAGAGGACUGCUCCCUGGGGCUUCUUCACAGGCCUCUUCCUGUUUUCCUGCCAGAAAAAGGCUUCUGGAAAAACACCUAUUCUAUCAGCUUUUCUGAUGGUGUAAACAGGAGACAGGUCAGUAGUCACAAACUGAUCUGAAAUGUUUA